AACAACAUUUCGAGUGCCUCCUGAGUGUGUGUUUUUCGUGUUUUAAUAAUAAUCGUUUGCGUUCUAAAGGAAUUAUUCGAGAGAAACAAAUUCGAACGGAAUGGAAUAAUGUGUGUGCAUUGUGUGUCCUGUGACACCCCUGUCCGGAAAGAUCCCGAUUGAUUUCUUGAAUACCCCCACCGGGUCAAAAUUGAUUAAAUAAUAAUUAAAAUCGUUUGCACCAUGAGUGACACCAGACGAUUGCGGCAGAGGGAUCAAGGGACGACUAAGGGCCCUGCGCGGUCCCAAAGAAAGGUCCGAAACCGUUUGGGAUCUGUGAGUUGUAGCAACGAGGAGAGUACAGAAGGAGAAGAUGAUACGGUGGGGUGUGCCAAGAAAAUUAGAGGUAGUGUUAAUCGAAACCGUGUUGCGGAACGUCCCAAAGAUACCGAUCGUGGAUUACGAACGGGGAUUAAAAAGAACGUCAAAACCAAUAAAAUGCUUGUUCCACUUGUCGAUGAGGAUGUAAUUGAUGGAUUCGCGUUCCAGAGUUUUGUGACUUACAGCGAUGUAAAGUUGUUUGAUGACACUUGCUCCUCGCAAUUGUCCCAAAAGAUGGUUAUGAAUGGUAGUCCAAGGAGCGUCGUCGAGCUGGACGUGGGCGACAUGCUCUCGGACGUUGUGACCGCACACACGGAGGCUGACGAAAUAAAAGAGGAGGAGGAGACAGAGAACCCGGGAGGACUCGAACCCGUCAUCUCCAAGGACAACCCCGUCGUCGUCAUUGUCAACGGGCUGCCGAAAAAAGAAGAGACGGUGGGUGAAAAUAACAACGAACCAGCUACGCCAAAUCAGAACUUCAUUGCAAUGUCUCCCAAGCCUGAACUGCCACCACCUGCCGUAGAAGAGCCUCUUCUCGUGAAAGUUGAAGAAGCUCCAGUGGAAAACGAUGAACAAGCUUUCGACAAAAUCGUAAGCAUUCUCUUGAAAACAUCCAUUACUGAAAAGGUGCCCCCGGACCUCGACCCACCUCGACCGGAAUCUCCCAAACAAGAUGCCGCGCAGACCCAAAGCAAGCAAACUUCACCAUUCCCCUUGAAAAGCACACACUUCCUGCCCGUUCAGAAUGGGCCUCUCCAGCAGCCAGAACCGUCGACAGGAGUGGCGGCUGUAACCGUUCCUACCAACCCAACCACAAUCCCAGCUUCCAGUCAGUUGGGCUCUUCGAAUCCAGCUCCGCUGCCAUCUUCCACAUCUCCCGCUGGUGGCGUCCCCUUCCCAUCCUCUUUGCUAAGUCAAGAAGAGUUCCCCACUUCAAAGACAGUCAGUCCAGUCUUGGGAUCAAAGGUGUACGACAGUGUCGUCAAAUCUCCUCGAGGUUCUAAUAGUGAUGUGGUGCAUUCUCUGCCCUAUCCCAUUUGUUCGGAUUAUACGGUCGGCUAUUCGGCUAGUCAGUACUCCAAGCAGUCGUACCUCAACCAGGACGGCAAUCAGCAGAAACUUGUGACAAGCAGUUAUUACAAUCACCACCCACAGCCUGGGAUAGACAAGUACUCCACUCCAUCUUCGAAAGAAGCUACUCGGUCAAACUCGAAAGACGUCGUUGCUUGUGACACUUAUAACUCUGCUUUGGAUGGUCGUUACGAUAACAAAGCAGGGAAUCCUGAUCUGAAUUAUUCCGUUGGUCAGACAUAUGCCAACGACAAAACCUGUGAUCCGCAAGGGAUUUGCAAGAAAUCCAGCGCAAGUGUUUAUAAUUUCAAAACCAGUGAACCUGUGGUAGAGAAAUAUUCCAAUUCAAAGGAGUCUUAUCCAAGGUCCAGUUCCAAAGACGUUGUUUGCGACGGUUAUGGUACCGAGAAUCUGUUGGACAGUCGCUAUGACAAGAAGGCAGGAAGUGCCAAUUUGAAUUACGCCUAUUCCAACGAGAAAACCUGUGAUCCGCAAGGGGUUUGCCAGAAACCCAAUGCGAGUAUUUAUAAUUUCAAAACCAAUGAGCUUUUAACACAACAUUCUAGUGACAACCUUGUGAAAAACACUAACGAUAAAGUCGGUGGUAAACUUACGGGAGACUGUUAUCCGAAAGGUAAGAUUCCAAAUAGGACUACUUAUUACCAAUCGAUUGUGAACAAGUCCCAUUCACGGCACAAAUCCAGUCGACGGGUGCUACCUGCUAGUGCUUACGAAAAUCAGAAACAAGUGCUUAAUAAUUAUUCAAUAACGAAAUCUGAAUUGCCGCAAAGUCAUUCGACCAAGCCUGUUCAGUACUCAUCUCAUCAUUAUUCAUCAGAAAACAAAAAACAUGAAUAUUACCAACCUUUGAGUUCGGCUUCCACUAACACGACUAAUACAUAUAACUGCAACACCUACAAAACAGACCAGUUACAGACUCAUAUAAACAAUAACGCUGGUCACAGUAAUUAUUCAGUGGAAUCUCAGUCGACCACUUCUCGAAGUUACAAAACUAACCCUGAUCUUUCCUCGAGUGGUUACAGAGACAAGCAGACACUUAAUAGUGUUACAAACCCGAAUGCGAAAUCUUACAGCUACCACCAGAGCAGCAGAAACUUUGUGGAUACUAACUCAUCUAAAAUACCAACUGAUGUCGCAUCUACCUAUGGAAGCAGCGAUUAUUACCAAAAAGGUAGUGGGAACUAUUCCAGAUCUGGAAGCAAUCAAAGUGCAAUAAGUGAUAAUUACAAAACUUCUAGCCACCACUCAAGUAGUGAACAUUCUGCUUACCAAAACAAGAGUGGGAGUUACCACAAUUCACGGACUUCCAGUGACAAAACUAACAACAGCAGUAGUAGCGCUAACAGGAGUUACUAUUCGAACCCUGAAAGCAGCUACAAAUCUUACCAAAAUCUAGUGCCAAAACAAACAGCGGAGGAAUCUCACAGCUAUCGUAUUCCUAAUGAGAGGAAUUCUUAUCUAAAUUAUGAGAACACGACACCUCUGAAAUCAAAAGAAACUAUUGCACCAAGCGUUGAAACCUCGAAACCUGUUUCACACGACAGGAACCAGAACUCUUCUCUUGAGUCUUCGAAUUCAGGUAUUCAUCCACAAGUCAGUGACAGUACUUCUGUGUACCAGUCAAGUUCGGCUAGAGACAAACUUGGUUUUUUUCCAUACGCCGACUCUUCCCAUUAUUCAAACCAAAGAACUCCUCCGACAUCAAAAUCGGCUACAGCGUUUGAACCUAUAACUCCUUCUAAAAACACAGAGGCCUUUGGACUUUUGGGAUCUUCAUCUACUGCCAUAUCAACAUAUUCACAGAGAGCAGGGGUUUCGUCACCCAUUACUGUCUCCGAUUCUUCUCGAAGUAGUGUGAAAACUCUUUGGAGUCCAACCAUCACCACAGCAUCCCUCACAAGCACGACUAGUCGAGAUAUAAUUGCUGCUCCAAGCAGGGAUAGUCACAGUUCCCACAGCAACAGUAGCAUAUCCAGUCUCAGUCAGCUCAGUCAGUCUCUUGGCUCAGCACCUCAAGGUACUACUACCGUACAGUCUUCUAAAGAGUUACAACGCGAAGGCAGGAGCAGCAGCAACGGGCAUAGUCGCAGCAGUUCUGGGAACGACACCCCAGUAUGUAGUGCGGCACCCGCCACCACUACCCCUGCCACCUCAACGACCUCAUCGUCAGCAUCUUACGGAAUAUCGGGUAGUUUGACAAGCCUCAUCUUCUCCAAGCCAUCGUGGACGAGCCCAAGCGUGACCAGCGUUUUGACCAAUCCGGGACCCCACUACACACCUCCAUCGAGCGGUCGCCUCUGUUCUCCUGUACCGAGUGUUCUGCCGCUGGCCCCUUCCCUGCCGAGUCACAGCUCGCCCUUCACCAACCACCCUGGUGGUCUCCACUCGUCCGGCCACCACGUGAUGUUCGCACCUCCUCUGCCACCAGCCGGGUCUCUGUCGUCGCCUAGUCUGCCGUUGGCCUCUGCGUCGCCCUUCGGAGGAGAAUCGCUUUUUGCGCCACCACCUCCAAGUCAAGAUCUACUGAAUAUCCGACGUGAACUGGACACGAGGUUUCUUGCAUCCCAGGACCGGUCCAUCAACGUUCCACCUCCUCCGUACUUGCGUACGGAGAUGCACCAGCAUCAACACCAACAUACACACAUGCAUCAACACAGUCCGUUUCUUCCUCCUCCCCUUGGGGGAUCCCUUCUACCUCCAUCUGCAGCUCAUUUGUACGACAAGUUUCCGAAGGUGGAUUCAAGUUUUUAUGGACGUAAUGCUAUUUCUUGGUUCACUAAAGACGGUUCUUACUUGCAGUUGGGAUUACCGACAUAUCCUAUAUCGCCACUGUUGGCCCCAGGUUCUGCGACAGCCACGCCAACUCCGUUUACUCCUCCGGGACACUUGGCGGCGUUUCAGCCCAAGAUUUCCCCUCUGGUGAAAACGAAACCAACGAAAUCGGGUCGUUGGUGCGCAAUGCAUGUCCGCAUCUCAUGGGAGAUUUAUCAUCAUCAGCAGAAGCAACAGCAGGCCGAUUCGCAGAAAAGUGGCAGCGGCCCUACCAAGACGGUGACUGACCUGCUCAGGCCGCCUAACCACCUGUUCGGAUCCAUACCUAGGCCGCAUGAACUCGGCUUUUCCUCUCCUCUACUAGGCGCAGCCGCAUCUCUCCAUGCCCGAUCUCCAUAUGAUGUUUCACCUCAACAUCCCAGUUUCUUGGGUCCUACACCGGCACAUUUAGGAAUAACUCCGUAUGCCCGUCCAAAUUAUCCAAGUAUAGGUGUUCCUGGAAACAGUUUUGGAGGACUAGGCACACUAGGUCUGCCUGGAGCUAGCAUGCUCGGCGGACGAGAGUUAGGACCUAGCUACCUGAGUAUGGGGCAGGACCCAUGGAGUCGUCUGCACCGGACGCCUCCUAACUUCCCCUCUCCUACCACCUCAUGGGGUGGCCUGAAGGCGGAGGCGGAGAGGGAGCGGCUGGCUAAGCGGGACGAGCAGGAACGGGAGAAGGAAAAAGAGAAGCAGAAGAGAGCGGAGCAAGAAAAAAGAGAGAAAGACAGUGAAAAAUCAAAAGAGAUUGCGAGAGAGAGUAAAAAGGAGCAUGAACGAGAACGAGAAAGAGAAAAACAGAAAGAAAGGGAUCGAGAAGUUCGGUUGAGCCACGUCUCCAACAGCAAUCCGGACAUCAUUCGGAACGGCGAGUCUUCAGACCGCAGAGACCGAGACAAAGACUGGGAGAGAGCUCGCGAGAGACGAGAAACCUCCAGGUCCCCAAUCCGUACGCACAAAUCCGAAGGGGGCUUCGAGGGAACCAGCAGCAGCUCUUCACACAGCAAAUCGUCUGACGUCAAAGUCAAAGAAGAGAAAAAAGAAGACGAGCAGCAACAUAACAGAGACAGUUCUGUAUCGGAACGUGAACGUGAACGGACAAAAUCUAUUGACACUACCGACCCCGUCAGUGAUUACAUGUCCCGAGGUAUGAUUCCUCCGGGACUGCCUGUGUCAAUGUCCCAUGUUCCACCCUCUCACUUCUGGAAUCCACUUCCAGCUGGAGCCGCUGAACGGUACCGACAAAACUUGGAACUACAUCACGCUCGAGAAAUGGACCGUGAGCAAUUGAUGCAAAAAUACGCUUCUUUGUCAUCUGUGAUGCCACUACUGCCAGAGCGGUAUGCUCAGGCUGACCAACUUUCUAGGCACCUUGCUUCGUCUGAUAGGGAGGUCGAACGACAGCUACAGGCAGACCGGGACCGACAGGCAUAUGACCGCACCAAACUUCCCCCACCGCCUCUAAGGCCCAACGACCCACCUUAUGUCCCACCUCCUGGUCUCCCACCAACAACUGGACUCUUCCCAACUUUACCAAAUCCUUUUCUGAACAGUUUGUGUGCGCCGAACUAUCCGCCUCGGACUAAACCAAGUUCUCCAGGGGUAGGUGGGAUCGGCAAUGGCAUCCCACCCCCUCUCAUCCCUUGUGCAAGUCCUGUGACAGCAAGCACGACGCCGUCACCGCUACAUUUGAAAAUGGGCACAACCAACAAUUCGAAUGUUGAGAACUCUCGUGACCACUAUGCUUCGAAAGAGAGGCAUUCUGUCGGCGAAGUGGAAUCUCAGUCAAGAUAACGACGGUAAAUGAACUUAUUGUAGGUUUUAGUCGAAAAAAAGGCUAUUUGCUUAUUUACAGUAUUAGCUAACAUGAGACGUGGAAUGCAGAACCUCGGUUGCCAUCGAUAGUUUUCAAUAAUUUAUUACAAUGAUGUCACUCAUCUCCCGCCAGACAUUAUUAAUCUAUGAUAGCUUACUUUAAAUUAUACAUAAUGUAUUAAAAUUUUGAAGAAAUAUUAUUUUUAUUUUGGAAUCGUCAUAAAAAGGUUUUAUUCUUUCUGUAUUCUUGAUACGAUAAAUGUUAUCUCUGAAAUUGAGAUCUAUGGAAUAGAAACCUGUCUGGACCACCAUAACUGAUAUUAUGGAAUUAAAACUUUUUCGAACCGAAAACCAUUUGGAAUGAUUUCUAAUUCUGGUUUUCCGCCCGCAAUUUUUAAUUACAUGGAAAUAUAAUCGCAUGCCAUCUCACCAUUAUUUGCAAAGUAUGAAAAACCGCACAUGUACCUUCAUUCGUAAACGUAAUUCCUAUAAUUGAAUUUAAAACCAUAUUUUAGGUCGUUUGCCAUAGUAAAAGAGAAAUUUAAAUGGUUAUCUUUCUUAAGCUAUUCCCUUUUUUCUAGGGUAUUUGAAAAGAUAUGCUCAUUUUUUUUGUUCUUUAUUAAUUUUGUUAGUUUUAUUAAUGACGACGUUAGAUUUUAAAUUCUUAUACAUCCGAAUUGAAUUUUUAUCUUUAUAACUUUUUUUUACGGACGACUUUCGGCGGCGCACUGUGCAAACUGACAAAAUUAUUCUAAAAUUAAUGGGAAAAUCAGGACAAUGGUAAGAUAAACUUACUGAAGAGUUUUUAAGGAAAAUUUUAAGACUUAUAAUAUUUUCAUUAUUUUAUUCCAAACUAUCAUAAAUCUUUCCAAUAUGAAAUGAAAAAGUCUCGAAUGAACUGCUUGGGGUGUUCCAUUCCACGUUCUCCUGUUGCACAGCACCUUCAAUUGUUCGAUUCCUGCUGUUGUUUACUGACAAUGUCUUAAAAAAAACAGUCAAGUUUUGCCCUCUUUCUCAUCUAACGUGUGUGUCCAACCAACGCUUGCACAUAUCAGUUGCGAAGAAACUUUACAAUAGUACAUUUCUUCACGUAACAGCCGAAAACAAAGGAUGCUACCGACAUGCAUUGCACGCAGUUGCGAAUACCAUGGCACGCUUAUGUGGUGACACAUUCACUGUACAAAUUACAUAUUUCAGUGCUUGUAUUUUUAAGAAAAUUCUGAAUGAAGGCAUUUAUGAGAAAUGAUAGCUUUUUUGACUGAUUUGAAACAAGUAGAUUGAUUACUUAUAUAACUUGUUCGUUAAUUUAUUUAUUUUAUCGAAAUUCAGUUUAUUAUAAGUUAUGAAAAGAGAUUUUUUUAACACUCAUUUUAUGGCCGAAUUUGGCAUGCAAAUGUGCAUAAUUGCCAACCUCAUGACGAGUUAUUUUUGGCAUGGAGAAAUUGUCGCCAAGUUGGCGGUAAUAUUAAUAAUUCACUACGGGAUGUGGUUGUGUUUAGAAAAUAUUUUGUGCUGCCAUGAAAUAUUGUAACUAGUCUGCUACUGUUAAAAAGUGAAAUUUUUGUUUAAGUUUUAAACGUGUUUAUUAUAGACGAAUCGUCUUGUAAUGUAACUAAAGUGUGAAAUUACCGUCAGGAAGGUGGUUGAUAAAAUGUGAUUGUAUUUAUUUUGUAUAUUAAAAAGGAAGGUAAAAAUUGGAUUAAACUUGAGAGCAUGAUAUUGUCCCGUCGCCAAAUGGGCGAUUCUUUGUUUCUUUUGCCACGUUCAUUUAUGGUACCAGUCAAUAAUAAUUUGGCGAGUUACCUCUUGAAAAAUUUCAUUUUUGGCAAUAGUAUCAUGUUCUCAAGUCUAACCGAAAUUUGUUAACUUUUUUCUUUCCUCAAACAAAAUCUUAUCAAAAAGCUUUCAAAAGAAAAAUACAUCAAAAUCAUUGUAACAUUUCUACUGUACCGUUUUUGUAUUUUGUUAAGAAAAGUAUAUAUAUAUAUAUAUAUAUAUAUAUUAACCAUGUGUUAAUAUUUAAUGUGAUUGAUUCUGUGAAAAUCAAUAUGGAAUCAGCAAACCUAUAUGUAGUUUGUGAAUAGAAGGACCCAAAACUUACAUAUGUACUGUAAGGGUUAAAAAAAUAAUUUACCACUUUUAUAUAGAUAAUAUGUAUGAUUCUUAAGCAAUUGUUAAACAAUUUCUACACACGAAAUAUCUUCUGUCAAAAACAAAUAUACGCUUUAGACAAAUUAUAAACAGUGAAAAAUGUGAUUAAUUGUUCGUUCGCCGAGGCUGAUUUUUUUUUUGGGGGGGGGGCGAUUUUUCGCAAAAUAUGAUUCUAACAAUUUUUUAUUGUAAAUCUAAAAGCCAUUUGUUACCUUUUCUGGUAGUCAUCUGAGAUGACGAACUUUUGGCAAAUUUUUGGAUGUUUGGCAUGAUUUUGUCAUGCUUGGCGAGGAACGGGGCAUGAAACAAAUCUUUUUCUUUUUAUUAGUUUGCAUCCAAUUACUAAAUUUUGUUACAAUGUUUCACUAAGUUAUCAUAAUAGAAUUUUAAAACCGCAUAUCGUUUAAAGAUAUAUUAAAGAAAGUUAGUAUCGUACCAUCUUCUAGAUUUCUAACAUAAUUUUUUCCCCAUUGUCUUUAGAAAGCAUCUUUAACGGGCUUGAAUUCAUAAAAUUACUUAUUUUCUGUAAAUACACCGCAGAGUUAUAGUAUUUUUUCCUAUCUUGUGGAAAAAAACAAAAACAGGAAAAAGUCUACAGUUUAAGUGUUGAUGCAUUUUUUCAUGACUUUUUUGGCUAAGAAAAUAUACAUAAAAAAAAAUGACCAUUGUUUAUUUUUGUUUUGAAGUCUGUGUUUUUGAGAUUGUGCAUUUUAAAAAAAUUGCCUCUCAUGUCUAAGUGUUAGUGCUGUUGAAUUAAUGCGUACUCGAAUCCGAGAGCGAGUAUGUGAUGAUGACUACUGCCUGUAAUAUUUUAGGAGAAAAAUGCAUUGCUGUGCUAUAUGUACACUAUUCUUAUUUAUAAAAGAAAAAAAAAAAGAGGAAGACGUUUUUAUAGAAAAAAAUAUGUUUGCUGUUUUCACUCUCCAAUAUGCGUUCCUGCUCUCCAGGGAAUGCAGAUAAUGUAAAUUUUGAAAUGUUUCUAUUUAGUGUAUAGAAUAAAAGAUAACC